CUAUAAAAGCAAUUAAAGCAAUUGUUGGUAAUUAUUGUGGUUAUACCAUAAAAAGUAAACAACCUAAGGAACAGCAAGUUUGGGGGUAUUCAUACCAAAUUAACUGCCAACCAUAUAAGAGUAUUGGUUUUGGAGAUAAAGGCACACCAAUGCUUCCGCUAUAUAAACCAAAGACAGCUGAUGAGAUUCAGGAACUCUUUGAUGUAAUAGAUGAUCCUGUUAUCAAAGAGAAGCACUCAAGCUCCAAUUCUCAUACUCGAUUGAAAUAA